CCCACGUUUAAAUUAUGCUUAUAUUUGUUCGCUUCAGAUGUUAGAUUGGCCAACUUGGAAAUUCUUGCAUGGAUAAAAAAUACCGCUGAAAAGGCUACUGCUCGUGGAAGCAUUAAGUUCUAUAGAUAAAUGAAACUACCAAAGAGGCGAUGGAGAUAGAUUCGGUGAGAGUUGAGUCGAGUGUGUGGAUCGGUAAUAAGCGCUACAGGGCUCUCCUGAGCGGAUGGUACUUCAACUGGACUGAGAUCGACAAGAGGAACCGGGAGAAGAAAACAAUUUCAGUGCCGGUGUCAGAGGUGAUUGGGGUGAAGGAGGGUCGUGUUGAGAUCCAAACCCAGAAGAAAGUAGAAGACACUGACCUUGAUUUUACAUUGUUCUAUGUGAAGCGCAACAGCAGAGGUAACGGACAUGGACUGUCAUGGAGUCUGGGCAGGACCCAGUUCUGCUGUCCUAGCCGGGGUGUCCGGGAUCAAUGGAUCACUCAACUCCGAACCGCACUCAAAACCCACAGCCCCUCACGUCCCCACAGGUUGUUGGUGUUCAUUAAUCCUUACGGAGGAAAGAAGAGGGGGAAACAGAUCUUUCACUCUCUUGUGGCCCCUCUGUUUGAGCUGGCUGGCAUCAGCUCUCAUGUUGUGGUGACUGAACGAGCAAAUCAGGCCAGAGACUACAUCCUGAGGAAAGACUUAACAGGGUUCGAUGGAGUGAUAUGUGUGGGUGGAGACGGAAUGUUCAGCGAGCUGCUGCACGGUGUGAUUGGACGAACCCAGCAGGAGGCGGGAGUUUCAGAACAUGACCCAACUGUAAUGCUGCAGCCAUGUGACCUCCACAUUGGCAUAAUUCCAGCAGGCUCUACAGAUUGUGUGUGUUUCGCUACCGUGGGCAUAAAUGACCCUGUGACAUCGACGCUGCACAUCAUCAUUGGAGACUCUCAGCCUUUGGAUGUGUGUUCUGUCCAUUAUCAAAAAACACUGGUACGUUAUUCUGUCUCUAUGGUGGGCUAUGGUUUCUAUGGUGAUGUUUUGGCAGAGAGCGAGAGGCACCGCUGGAUGGGACCUCUCAGAUAUGAUUAUUCAGGUUGUAUGGUGUACCUGUGUAACAGGAGCUAUCCGGGACUAGUGCAAUAUCUCCCUGCUGAUUCCCAUAUCUCCAGCCCACGGGACAAAACUCAAUGCCUCUCAGGGUGCCGGGUGUGUUCAGAGAGCAAAGAGAGGCUGUUCCCCCAUUUUGACAGCUCCAGUUCCCUCUAUAGCACUAAUGUGAGCCAGUGCAACAGUGAGUUAGAGGGUGAGUGGGUGACUAUUGAAGGCAGGUUCAAGUGUGUCUCUCUCACCUGUAUGUCAAGCUCCUGUCCACGGAGCCCAACGGGUCUUUCGCCCUCUGCUCACCUGGCCGAUGGGACGGCAGACCUCAUCAUGGUCCGAGAAACUAACCCUCUUGGCUUUCUCACAUACCUUCACAGGCACACAACCAAACAGGAUCAGUUUGACCUGCCCUUCGUUGAAGUUCAUCGUGUCAAGGCUGUCCGGUUUUCUCUACCCCCUGGAGAAGUAGUAGAAGAAGAAGAGGAAUAUGAGGAAGAGGCUGAUCGAGAAAUUCAGACCUCUGCUGAAAGAGAACUGGAGGAACCUGAGAAACUGGGCCGUGGUAACAGUGCAGGUCACUCACAGCAGCAUCUCGCAGGGUGGAAGGAGAGAGGAAGUGAGACAAGUAGAUUAAAAAGACAAGGCUUUCUAUGUGGGCCUUGCUGUACUAAACCUCGCUCGGUAUCCGUGUGGAACUGUGAUGGAGAAAUUCUGCCUCACACCAAGAUCUCAUGCAGAGUUCACGGCCAGCUGGUGCGUCUCUUUGCCAGGGGCAUCGAGAAUUCAACAAUGCAAUGAAACCUCUAAGAGCUAAAAAAAGAGAUGUGAUCAUCGUAACAUAUGACCUUUUUAUAGCACUCUUUAUGAGGACUUAAUUGCAAAGAAGAUAAAGU